UAAGGGCGGCCUCAGAUAUGCCCGGAAAACCGCUGCCAGAGCGCGGCGCAGACGCGGCCGACUUGGAGGUGUCCGCGGUGCGGGCUGCUGCCCACGCCGCUCAGACCAGGGGCUGAGGGGUCAGUCCCCACCUCGGCCGAACCACUCUCAGCCGCGUUGAGCCACCUCGUCCGCCCGGCUUUCAUCGCACGGGCCAGAGGAAAGUUCCCGCGGCCCCCACGCCUCUUCACAGCUGCUGCGCCUCCCCUGCUUUUGGCUCUGCAAGUGCCCACUUGAGUCGGGAGAGGUCCUUGGGCCGCCCCAACUGCCCGCCCCACCUGGCAGUCCCUCCCCGCCCCCGUCCUCGCGGUGAGGCGCUCCCCGCCCCCUCGCUCCCCUCCCCCAAACCACAGCCCGAGCUCGCUCUUGCGCGCGCGCUCUCUCGGGCCCAAGUGAAUAGUCCUCGCGCGAGCGGGACACUGUAGUGGAUGCAAUUCCCCUCGCCUCCAGCCGCGAGGAGCUCUCCGGCGCCGCAGGCAGCGUCCUCCUCCGAAGCAGCCUCACCUGCACCUGGGCAGCCUGGACCCUCGUGCCCUGUUCCCGGGACCUCGCGCAGGGGGCGCCCCGGGACACCCCCUGCGGGCCGGGUGGAGGAGGAAGAGGAGGAGGAGGAAGAAGACGUGGACAAGGACCCCCAUCCUACCCAGAACACCUGCCUGCGCUGCCGCCACUUCUCUUUAAGGGAGAGGAAAAGAGAGCCUAGGAGAACCAUGGGGGGCUGCGAAGUCCGGGAAUUUCUUUUACAAUUUGGUUUCUUCUUGCCUCUGCUGACAGCGUGGCCAGGCGACUGCAGUCACGUCUCCAACAACCAAGUUGUGUUGCUUGAUACAACAACUGUGCUGGGAGAGCUAGGAUGGAAAACAUAUCCAUUAAAUGGGUGGGAUGCCAUCACUGAAAUGGAUGAACAUAAUAGGCCCAUUCACACAUACCAGGUAUGUAAUGUAAUGGAACCAAACCAAAACAACUGGCUUCGUACAAACUGGAUCUCCCGUGAUGCAGCUCAGAAAAUUUAUGUGGAAAUGAAAUUCACACUAAGGGAUUGUAACAGCAUCCCGUGGGUCUUGGGGACUUGCAAAGAAACAUUUAAUCUGUUUUAUAUGGAAUCAGAUGAGUCCCAUGGAAUUAAAUUCAAGCCAAACCAGUAUACAAAGAUCGACACAAUUGCUGCUGAUGAGAGUUUUACCCAGAUGGAUUUGGGUGAUCGCAUCCUCAAACUCAACACUGAAAUUCGUGAGGUGGGGCCUAUAGAAAGGAAAGGAUUUUAUCUGGCUUUUCAAGACAUUGGGGCAUGCAUUGCCCUGGUUUCAGUCCGUGUUUUCUACAAGAAGUGCCCCUUCACUGUUCGUAACUUGGCCAUGUUUCCUGAUACCAUUCCAAGGGUUGAUUCCUCCUCUUUGGUUGAAGUACGGGGUUCUUGUGUGAAGAGUGCUGAAGAGCGUGACACUCCUAAACUGUAUUGUGGAGCUGAUGGAGAUUGGCUGGUUCCUCUUGGAAGGUGCAUCUGCAGUACAGGAUAUGAAGAAAUUGAGGGUUCUUGCCAUGCUUGCAGACCAGGAUUCUAUAAAGCUUUUGCUGGGAACACAAAAUGUUCUAAAUGCCCUCCACACAGUUUAACAUACAUGGAAGCAACUAAUGUCUGUCAGUGUGAAAAGGGUUAUUUCCGAGCUGAAAAAGACCCGCCUUCUAUGGCAUGUACCAGGCCACCUUCAGCUCCUAGGAAUGUGGUUUUUAACAUCAAUGAAACAGCCCUUAUUUUGGAAUGGAGCCCACCAAGUGACACAGGAGGGAGAAAAGAUCUCACAUACAGUGUAAUCUGUAAGAAAUGUGGCUUAGACACCAGCCAGUGUGAGGACUGUGGUGGAGGACUCCGCUUCAUCCCAAGACAUACAGGCCUGAUCAACAAUUCCGUGAUAGUACUUGACUUUGUGUCUCACGUGAAUUACACCUUUGAAAUAGAAGCAAUGAAUGGAGUUUCUGAGUUGAGUUUUUCUCCCAAGCCAUUCACAGCUAUUACAGUGACCACGGAUCAAGAUGCACCUUCCCUGAUAGGUGUGGUAAGGAAGGACUGGGCAUCCCAAAAUAGCAUUGCCCUAUCAUGGCAAGCACCUGCUUUUUCCAAUGGAGCCAUUCUGGACUACGAGAUCAAGUACUAUGAGAAAGUCUACCCACGGAUAGCGCCGGCAUUUUGGCACUACCUGCGGGUAGAAGAACAUGAGCAGCUGACCUACUCUUCCACAAGGUCCAAGGCCCCCAGUGUCAUCAUCACAGGUCUCAAGCCAGCCACCAAGUAUGUAUUUCACAUCCGAGUGAGAACUGCAACAGGAUACAGUGGCUACAGUCAGAAAUUUGAAUUUGAAACAGGAGAUGAAACUUCUGACAUGGCAGCAGAACAAGGACAGAUUCUCGUGAUAGCCACCGCUGCUGUUGGCGGAUUCACUCUCCUCGUCAUCCUCACUUUAUUCUUCUUGAUCACUGGGAGAUGUCAGUGGUACAUAAAAGCCAAGAUGAAGUCGGAAGAGAAGAGAAGAAACCACUUACAGAAUGGACAUUUGCGCUUCCCGGGAAUUAAAACUUACAUUGAUCCAGAUACAUAUGAAGACCCAUCCCUAGCAGUCCAUGAAUUUGCAAAGGAGAUUGAUCCCUCAAGAAUUCGUAUUGAGAGAGUCAUUGGGGCAGGUGAAUUUGGAGAAGUCUGUAGUGGACGUUUGAAGACACCAGGGAAAAGAGAGAUCCCAGUUGCCAUUAAAACUUUGAAAGGUGGCCACAUGGAUCGGCAAAGAAGAGAUUUUCUAAGAGAAGCUAGUAUCAUGGGCCAGUUUGACCAUCCAAACAUCAUUCGCCUAGAAGGUGUUGUCACAAAAAGAUCCUUCCCGGCCAUUGGGGUGGAGGCGUUUUGCCCCAGCUUCCUGAGGGCAGGGUUUUUAAAUAGCAUCCAGGCCCCGCAUCCAGUGCCAGGGGGAGGAUCUUUGCCCCCCAGGAUUCCUGCUGGCAGACCAGUAAUGAUUGUGGUGGAAUAUAUGGAGAAUGGAUCCCUAGACUCCUUUUUGCGGAAGCAUGAUGGCCACUUCACAGUCAUCCAGUUGGUCGGAAUGCUCCGAGGCAUUGCGUCGGGCAUGAAGUAUCUUUCUGAUAUGGGUUAUGUUCAUCGAGACCUAGCGGCUCGGAAUAUACUGGUCAAUAGCAACUUAGUAUGCAAAGUUUCUGAUUUUGGUCUCUCCAGAGUGCUGGAAGAUGAUCCAGAAGCUGCUUAUACGACAACUGGUGGAAAAAUCCCCAUAAGGUGGACAGCCCCAGAAGCCAUCGCCUACAGAAAAUUCUCCUCAGCAAGUGAUGCAUGGAGCUAUGGCAUUGUCAUGUGGGAGGUCAUGUCCUAUGGAGAGAGACCUUAUUGGGAAAUGUCUAACCAAGAUGUCAUUCUGUCCAUUGAAGAAGGGUACCGACUUCCAGCUCCCAUGGGCUGUCCAGCAUCUCUGCACCAACUGAUGCUCCAUUGCUGGCAGAAGGAGAGAAAUCACAGACCAAAAUUUACUGACAUCGUCAGCUUCCUUGACAAACUGAUCCGAAAUCCCAGUGCCCUUCACACCCUGGUGGAGGACAUCCUUGUAAUGCCAGAGUCCCCUGGUGAAGUUCCGGAAUAUCCUUUGUUUGUCACAGUUGGUGACUGGCUAGAUUCUAUAAAGAUGGGGCAAUACAAAAAUAACUUCGUGGCAGCAGGGUUUACAACUUUUGACCUGAUUUCAAGAAUGAGCAUUGAUGACAUUAGAAGAAUUGGAGUCAUACUCAUUGGACACCAGAGACGAAUAGUCAGCAGCAUACAGACUUUACGUUUACACAUGAUGCACAUACAAGAGAAGGGAUUUCAUGUAUGAAAGUACCACAAGCACCUGUGUUUUGUGCCUCAGCAUUUCUAAAAUGAACGAUAUCCUCUCUACUACUCUCUCUUCUGAUUCUCCAAACAUCACUUCACAACCUGCAGUCUUCUGUUCAGACUAUAGGCACACACCUUAUGUUUAUGCUUCCAACCAGGAUUUUAAAAUCAUGCUACAUAAAUCCGCUCUGAAUAACCUGCAGAUAAAACGCUGGCCCACUGCAGAUUAUGGCUACGCAAUGGUAAAUAACUCAGCAUGGAUGUGUAAUUUUGUAUAAGCCGUAUAUGGGAAGUGUUCACGGACUUAACCUAAAGAAAUUUAUCCAGGUGGGGCUUCCUUAGUGAUGUAUGUAGAGUGCGAUGGUAGAUGAGAAAGAACUAGUUGACCUUUCUUUCAUGUUUUGUGAUCAAGUAGCUUCCAAACUGACAUAAAUGUUUCAUUUUUAGAUAAUUAUAUUCAGCUCUAUUGGUUGUAUUGUUACUUUAUUUUUUAAUGGUUUAACUGUUGGUGCCUGAUAUCGUUAGAAUUAUUUGCAGAAAUGACCAGUGAUAUCAUGUAAUGAAUUUUUGUGAGGUAUGCCUAUGGUGAGAAGGGGGUUAUUAGGGAGGGAGAAAAAAAUACUGUGUUUAUAAAUCUUCUGAGGCUGGGUUUGUCAAUUUUUUAAAAAUUAACUUUAUAAUGUCAUACAUAUUUCAUAGCAGUUGGUAGUUUAAAGGCUUUUCACCUCUAAUUUUAUUUAUUUUUAUUUUUAUUUUUUUUUUACUAACUGUAGUAUAUUUCUCCACUACCUUAUGAAGACUGCUCCUGGAAAGACCAAGGGUGACUUCAUUGAUCUAAUGGCUUUCAUAGAGAAAAGCUUGGGAUAAAUCCAUGACUAUUUCCUUUGUGCAUUGUCACAAGUUUGCAAAAGCAAUUAUCAAAGCACUGAGAAAAUUAGUCAUUCUCAGUAGAAUUGCUUUGAAUAAAAUACAUUAGAUUAUACCCUUAGAUUUAAUGUAAAAUUAUUAAUUUAAUUUAAACAGAACUUUAUGAUAGAUACAUGGUGGUCCAAGACAAUAAACAGACUUAGCUGAUCAUUUGGUAUUGGUGCAUUUUGCAAGUUGAAGCAUUCUUAUGUUUUCUUUGCAAAAAUGAGUUACAUGAACAUGCUGAGCUCUUUUCCAAACCUUCUAAGAAAACAGUAUGAAUACUCCAAAGAGUAUAUAAACAGAUCUUACACAUGAGCAUAGUGUGUCAACCUGGGUCCAACAUACAGUUACAUAAAAAUGAGAACACAGCUGUGUUGUUGUCAUAAUCUUCUGAGAGGCUUAAAAAAAAGGUAAAUACAUAUUUUAAGUGAUUUAAGCUGAGUUGGCUUAUCAAAAUAGUGCUAUAUCUUAUGAACAAAUUAAAUUAUAAAAUCAGCUGCUCCCUGUAAAACUAAAAAAAUGACGACUGUUUUAGGUGGAAGAGUAAGUAAAAUGUGUUGACAGAAAAAAACAGAGUAGGUUGUCUAAAGAUGCUGAUUUAAUAAAUUAGCUUUUGUUGGAUCUCAGUGAUAAUGGUGCCCUACCUACCCACAUUCUCAAAUUCCUAUCUAAAUUCAUUUUUUGUCAUAGUAGUGGUUUUUUUUUUUAAAUAAAGGACCCUGUUUUGGUUUUUUGUUUUUGUUUUUGUUU